AUAGGUGAUAAUGAAUUACUUACCUUGUAAUGUUGAAUAUCAAUUUUUUUCUGACCUCCGCCUAGUAAAGCUUCUUUUCGUUUUUCUUUUAUAUUUUGCUUUACGCGGAGAGUGUGUGCUGCUGUGGAAUAUCGACAAGCAAUAUUUUGCCAUUGUAAAAUCACACAGUUACUUUUUAAACGUCUGGUACAAACGUCUGCCAGCAUUCUGAGCGCCAUGUUAAAUUAUUGGGACAGUGACGUUAUUUUACCUCAAAUAUUUAUUUAGAAGAAACAAUUUUUUUAGUUUUAUCGUUACAAUUCUGGAUGUUUGACUAUCACCCUUCAUUUGGCCAGUUAAUGUAAGAUAUGUAGUGUACCAUGGCUGGAUUUUACCGUUGAAGUGCAGUUGUGAGGUAACUGAACUCCAGCCCCGUAAGCACCAUCAGAGUUUCAACACAAAUGACGGUGUGAAUAUUUUAUUAUUUUGAGAUUUUAGCCUUCAAAACUUCAAAAUGAUGAAAAGCGGCCUGCCUAAAAAGGAAGGGAAAAUGCGAAUCAGGGCGUUUCCGAUGACAAUGGAUGAGAAGUAUGUGGAAAGCAUAUGGGCAUUACUGAAGACAGCAAUCCAAGAGAUUCAGAAAAAGAACAACUCAGGACUUAGCUUUGAAGAACUGUACAGGAAUGCUUACACAAUGGUGUUGCACAAGCAUGGUGAACGACUGUACAGUGGCCUGAAGGAAGUCGUCAUGAAUCACUUGGAACAUAAGGUGAGGGAAGACGUGCUCAACGCCUUGCACAACAACUUCCUGCAGACUCUGAACCAGGCGUGGAACGACCACCAGACCUCGAUGGUGAUGAUCCGGGACAUCCUCAUGUACAUGGACCGCGUGUACGUCCAGCAGAACGAUGUGGACAACGUGUACAACCUGGGCCUCAUCAUCUUCAGGGACCAGAUCGUGAGGUACGGCUGCAUCAGGGACCACCUGCGCGACACGCUGCUCGACAUGGUGAUGCAGGAGCGGGAAGGGGUGAUCGUGGACCGCAUCGCAAUGAAGAACGCCUGCCAGAUGCUCAUCCUGCUGAGCAUCAACAGCAGGUCUGUGUACGAGGAGGACUUUGAGCGGCCGUUCCUGCUGCAGUCCGCCGAGUUCUACAAGAUGGAGAGCCAGAAGUUCCUGGCGGAGAACAGCGCCUCGAUGUACAUAAAGAAGGUGGAGGCCAGGAUAGAGGAGGAAGCGGAGCGGGCCAAGCACUACAUGGACGAGUCGACGGAGCCGCGGAUAGUGGAGGUCGUGGAGGAAGAGCUCAUCCGGAAGCACAUGACGACGAUCGUCGAGAUGGAGAAUUCGGGCGUGGUGCACAUGCUGAAGAACCGGAAGACGGACGACCUGGCCUGCAUGUACAAGCUGUUCAACCGCGUGGCGGGCGGCCUCAAGACCAUGUCGGAAUGCGUGAGCCAGUACCUGAAGGAGCAGGGCCGCUCCCUGGUGCAGGAGGAGGAGGGCGGCACCAACGCCAUCACCUUCGUGCAGAAUCUGCUGGAUCUCAAAGACAGAUUUGACCAUUUCCUGCACAACUCGUUCAACAAUGAUAAGACUUUCAAGCAAACAAUUGCUUCUGAUUUUGAGCACUUCCUCAACUUGAAUCCAAAGUCACCAGAAUACCUUUCACUGUUUAUUGAUGACAAACUGAAAAAAGGUGUGAAAGGGAUGACGGAGCAGGAAAUCGAGACGGUGCUGGACAAGACGAUGGUUCUGUUCAGAUUCCUGCAGGACAAAGAUGUGUUUGAGCGCUACUACAAGCAGCACCUCGCUAAGAGGCUCCUGCUGAACAAGUCUGUCAGCGAUGACAGCGAGAAGAACAUGAUCUCCAAGCUGAAGACUGAAUGUGGCUGUCAGUUCACCUCAAAACUUGAAGGAAUGUUUAAGGAUAUGACAGUCUCGAACACGAUAAUGGAAGAAUACAACAACACGAAUCCAAGUGGAGUAGAUUUGAGUGUUCGCGUUCUCACGACAGGGUUUUGGCCGACGCAAAGUUCCACUCCCAAAUGCAACAUUCCUUCUGCUCCUCGAAAUGCUUUUGAAGCUUUCAAGAGGUUCUACCUGGGCAAGCACAGCGGGCGGCAGCUGACGCUGCAGCCGCAGCUGGGCUCGGCGGACCUGAACGCGGUGUUCUUCGGGCCGCGCAAGGAGGACGGGGAGGGCAAGGAGGGCCCCAGCUCGUCCUCGUCGUCGGGCGUGGCGGUGGUGUCGUCCACGCAGAAGGUGGCCCAGCCGCGCAAGCACAUCAUCCAGGUGUCCACCUACCAGAUGUGCGUGCUCACCUUGUUCAACAACCAGGAGAGCAUCACCUACGAGGACAUCAUGCAGGAAACAGAUAUACCGCAAAAAGACUUGGUCCGUGCCUUGCAAUCGUUAGCCAUGGGUAAAGCCACCCAGCGAAUACUCAUCAAGAAUCCCAAAACAAAGGACAUUGGUUUAAGUGACAUGUUUCACGUGAACGAGUCCUUCACGUCAAAACUACACAGAGUGAAGAUCCAGACGGUGGCUGCGAAGGGCGAGUCGGAGCCCGAGAGACGGGAGACCCGCAACAAGGUUGACGAAGACCGCAAACACGAGAUCGAGGCCGCCAUCGUCAGAAUAAUGAAGGCGCGGAAAAGAAUGCCUCAUAACGUCCUCGUUGUGGAAGUUACGGAGCAGUUGAAAAGUCGUUUUAGUCCAUCGCCAGUUAUCAUCAAGAAGCGAAUAGAAGGUCUCAUUGAAAGAGAAUAUUUGGCUCGCACACCAGAAGAUAGGAAAGUGUACACGUACGUUGCUUGAAAAUGCAGUUGCGUUACACAGACUGUACCUCCAAAGCAAGUCCUGUUAUUGGACUUCUGGUGUGCGUUGAUCAAGAGACUCGGGAGAAGCUCAGCCGUCUCUGUAUUCUGCCAGCCCACCUCCAAUAUUGACAGACAGAUAUCCCUUCUACACCUUAAAUUAUGUAUUACUAAACAUCAUCAUCCAUUGUAAAAAAAAUAAAAAAAUUAUGUUGAUUGCAAAAUUAUAUUAUCGGAAUUCUACACGGUAAUCUGCAUAAUAAACUAAUACUUGCGCAGCUUCUGUUUGUUUUGUAACUGGAGAAAAACCUAUGGACUGUGAUAAAAUAAUAAAUAAGUUAUUUAUUAAAUAUUUCAUACUAGUGGAUAUACUGAAAGCUUUCUUUGUACUUUGCUUGCAUAUCUUCUCUCUUGAAAUUGAGAUUGUUGUGUUUGCAUCUUCAUUUGAUCGUAAAACCUUGGAGUGUGUUGUGAAUGGAGUUAAUUUGAGAGAGUACAGCGUUGCGAGUAUUAGAAGACUAGGAGCCCUGGUGUUGAUAUGGUGUUAAGAAUUCUUUGCUGACGUGAGUGUAAAGGUGAUGUAAUUAUGACAGAUUGUCAUGUGAUCUAAAUUUAACAAUUUUUUUGCUUCCAUCGAUACUUCUUUUGUUUUGAGUAGUUUUUUCUGAUUGUGUUGACAUGAAGCAAGUUAAUGUCCACCUCAUUUGAAGCAGUGUGAUUAUAGAGCAUUUGUAUUUUACUUCUCAUCGUACAAGUUGUUUAGUCACGGUUUAGAUAAAAAUGAGCUGAAAAUAUUUUAGAAAAAAGUUAUAAUCAAUCACAAUAUGUCAAAUAAAGUUGGAUUCUUGUUAUGCAAGGUUGAUUUGGAAAAAAACUGUGAAUAGCAUAACAUUUUGUACUUUGCAAGAAGUUGGUCUUAGAUUUACAUAAAUAUUGUGAUUGAAUGAAACUUUAAAUUAUAUUCUCCAUUGAACUUAAAUUUGGGAACUAAAACCACAACUUUUGUUAUCAGGAAUGUUGAAAGAUUUUAUUAUUUUUUUUAAAUUAUAUAUUUCUUUGUGGUUAUGUUACAGUUCAGUGUGUGUUUUCAAUUCCUGAUGUGCCACAUCUGUAUAAAAAAAAAUUGGUUACACAAGA